CAUGCGUGAUGGCUAUCCCCAACCACCGUGGCUUUAUGAAAGCCGAUGUCUCUCCAUGGGUAGCACGUCAGGCAUCUGUUUGAAAACCCAUUUGUGGUAUAACAAAUAGCCGAAGAGAAGGAAUCCGUCUUCGAAGAACUGGACUGGCACACGGUGACAUCUUUUCACCUCCGGCCGUUGUAUGUGAGUUACUUUCCGCCUUUGAAGUGUCUGCCUCCCGCUUCGCUCCUCUUCCAACAACACAACCACGGGGACGAGCCAGCGGACGGAACUCUAGUCAAGAGGGGAAGUGGGCUCCGUCUUCUCUUUUAUCGGGCAGAUGCUCCCAGCCGCCCAGCUUGACAGGAGUGAUGGGAUGUGUCAUCUAGCAGGUGAGGCACUCCUGGAUGAUGUGAUUGGACUGAAUGAUUUACCUGCUGCAUACGAAUCAGAACAAGAGCCAGGAGUGAUUGAAGAGGAGGAGGACAUUAAAGACGCAAAGAUGGGCGUGGGGAAGAACACCACCUCCAAAUCAAUGGACAGCAGCAGUGAGGGUGGAAAAUACGAAGAGGAGACCAAACAUGGCGCAGACUUCUACCCUAUUCCGGUGGUAGUAAAUGGAGUUGGCAGUGCUAGUGGAGACCAAGAUACUGAGAACACAGAGCUGAUGGCCAUCUACACUAAGGAAAAUCAAGUUGCUGAAAAGAGCUCAAUGUCUGAGACCCUUGACAGCACAGACAGUACGGAUGCACGCAGAAUGGAAAUGAUCUAUACCAUUGAGGACACCCCACCUUGGUACUUGUGUGUGUUCUUGGGCUUACAGCACUACUUGACAUGCUUCAGUGGGACUAUUGCAGUGCCGUUCCUCCUGGUUGAGGCGAUGUGCGUCGGUUUUGAUCAGUGGGCCACCAGUCAGCUCAUAGGGACCAUCUUCUUCUGCGUGGGGAUCACCACCCUGCUGCAAACUACCCUGGGUUGCAGGUUGCCUUUGUUCCAGGCUAGUGCGUUUGCCUUCCUUGCACCAGCUAAAGCCAUCCUGUCACUGGACAAAUGGAAGUGUAACAACACAGUUCUUCCAGUACUGAAUGGGACAGAGCUCCUAAAUACAGAGCACAUCUGGCACCCCAGGAUACGAGAGAUCCAAGGGGCCAUCAUUGUUUCAUCCCUCAUUGAGGUUUUUAUUGGAGCACUGGGUCUGCCAGGGAUGUUGCUGAAAUACAUCGGGCCUCUGACCAUCACCCCAACUGUGGCACUCAUCGGGUUGUCGGGCUUUCAGGCCGCAGGGGAGAGGGCCGGAAAACACUGGGGUAUUGCUAUGCUGACUAUCUUCUUGGUGCUGCUCUUCUCUCAGUAUGCCAGAAAUGUCCACUUCCCCCUUCCAGUCUACAAAGUUAAGAAAGGCUGGACUUCCUAUAGGCUGCAGGUCUUCAAAAUGUUUCCUAUCAUAAUGGCCAUUCUGGUGUCAUGGCUGCUGUGUUUCAUUUUCACUGUGACGGAUGUUUUCCCGCCAGAAAAGGACAAGUACGGUUUCUACGCACGCACAGAUGCACGCCAAGGAAUCCUCUCUGCGGCACCGUGGUUCAAAGUUCCCUAUCCUUUCCAGUGGGGCAUGCCCACUGUAACAGCUGCAGGUGUGAUUGGCAUGAUGAGCGCUGUGGUGGCCAGCAUCAUCGAGUCAAUUGGAGACUACUACGCCUGUGCUCGCCUCUCCUGUGCACCGCCUCCUCCCAUCCAUGCCAUCAACAGGGGCAUUUUUGUAGAGGGUAUUUCCUGUGUGCUGGAUGGUCUUUUUGGGACAGGAAAUGGCUCCACGUCCUCCAGUCCCAAUAUAGGCGUCCUGGGAAUUACAAAGGUGGGCAGCAGACGUGUGAUCCAGUACGGCGCUGCCAUGAUGCUGCUACUGGGCCUUGUGGGUAAAUUCAGCGCCCUGUUUGCCUCUCUGCCUGACCCCGUCCUGGGAGCCCUGUUCUGCACCUUGUUUGGAAUGAUUACAGCGGUGGGACUCUCCAACCUACAGUUUGUCGACCUCAACUCCUCCAGAAACCUUUUUGUCUUGGGCUUCUCCAUCUUCUUUGGUCUAAUGCUGCCAAGCUACCUCAAACAGAACCCGCUGGUCACUGGUAUAGUUGAGAUUGACCAAGUGCUGAACGUGCUCCUCACCACCGCAAUGUUUGUUGGAGGUUCUGUUGCCUUUAUUUUGGAUAAUACUAUUCCUGGUUCCCCUGAAGAACGAGGCAUCAGGAAGCUGAAACGUGGUUCUGGUCUCAAUGCGGCAGAGCUGGAAGGGAUGAGAUCUUAUGAUCUUCCUUUUGGAAUGAACUUCAUCCGCAGACACUCAGUCUUCAAGUACAUCCCUAUCAGCCCUGUGUUCACAGGCUACCAAUGGGGGAGGCUACAGGAAGCCAGCAGGUGUAGAAUGGGACAUGGAGAUGUAGUGAAGGGAAGAGGAGCUGGAGGUGAAGGAGGUGCCACGCCAGGAGAGAGCCGAGUAUAGCCAACGGGCUGGAGAAAUGGCUGUAUUUGGGGAGCAACUAAGUUACACUAAGAUGUAAUGAUGGGAUAGUGGAGCACAGAAGCAAUGCAGGAUUGUGUGAAAGAAAUUUUUUUGCACCACCCCCACCCCCCGUCGAUGUGUUUGCUUAAGCUUAGUGUAUGUCUUUUCCCACUUCCCACUAUGCUAUUUUUAAGCAUGCUAUAGCAAAUCACAGCAUGCUAUAAAAGAUGUCACCAUGCAAAGGUGAGUUGGUGUGUGUGCACGUGUACAGAAUACAGCGAGAUAAAACGGGUCUGUGCUUUAAUUUACUUCCAUAAAGAGGCAAGUGGACAUCAGAUAGUCAAACCUGAAUAUCUGAUGAUUUACUGACUGAAAAGAGCUGCUAACCUGUACUCUGCAUCUUUAAGGCAUUUUACAAAAUCAUACUAGUAGAUUGUCCACAUGAGUGGAUUAUUUCAAUUGAGGAACAUCUUUUGAAUCAUUUGCCUUUAAACUUGUUAUGCAACCACAUUAGAGAUACAUGCACACACACACCAACAGCCUCAGUAGAAGUAGUUUGAACGCUACAGUGCACGACACGUGGUCAUGCAGACUGAUGGUAGUUUGUCAGGUGCCCUUAGCAAUGCAGAGUGAUUGUGAGAUUUAUUUUUGCACUAUCUGCCUCCUGAAUUCAAAACUAGAAUGUCACUUCACAGCCCUCCUCCACCUUUUCUUCAGAAAUCCACAAAGCAGCACAACAUAUCCACUCAUCAUACACUAAAAUUACCUUAUAUCCCUUUUUUAUAUGCAAAGAAUGCUAAUAUUCGCAAGACUUCCCAUAUGUCUGGGCAUAACGAUCACUGACAUCAGUUUACAACUCCCUACCAUGCCAGUAUUAUGCAUGAGUUACUUAAAAAAAAGUAAAUUUUAUGUGAAUACACUUGUCUCAUUGAGCUCCUUAAUGGCAUUUAAGUUGUUUUACGUUACUUUGGAGCUUUUUUUUUUUUGAUAACCUUUAUUUGUUUUGUAUGACAGCUUUGCAUAAUGAAGCAAAAUUUUUAAACUGUCAUGGUAACAGUAGUGCAUUUUUUAAAGCUGCAGUGACGCACAGUAAAAGACACGUGGCCUUGUCAGGGAGACUUUGUGUACAUACAGUUUGAGAUGGAUUAAUGAAAAUUGAAUGCUUUUUAUCCAGUGACUGCAGAGAUAUCUGAUCCUCUGGAUCUUUUCUCAUGUUAUUUUUAGGCUUUCUUUUGUUUAUAACAGUAAUGUGCCGCUAUCCAAGCUCAGUGUGUUCAGCAUAUUUGUAGUAAGAAAUAAGGAUUAUUGAAGUUUAGAGUCAUUUAUUCCCUUCUGUGUCCACUUAUGGGAGUGACUUUAGCUGUUUUAAUAAAUUCAAAGGUGUUGAUGACUUUCCUUACAUUCCACCUCCCAUUUUCGGUCAUCUGCACACCUCCCUCUCUCACCUCCAUGCAGUUUAACUUCUGGUGUUUGUUGUCUGAUGCUGCUCAGUCUGUGGCAAUGCCUUUUAAUGCUGCGCCUUAUAAACCAAGGUGUGAUCUCAAAGAAUGAAUCUGACAUCAUGUAUCUCUGCUGCUUUAGUUGAAACAGUAUUUUAGAAAAUGUCUUUGUUUGCAGCAAAGACGAGAAGCUCAACUACAAAAGGUAUUUAACUAAACUGAGACCUUACCCAACCAAAAUGCUAGCGGUCUUUUAUUCUGUUCCAUAUACCAAAACUUUAAACAUCUAUGGUUAGAUGAGAAACGUUCCUAGUUUUCUCUUGCUUGAGCUAUUUAUUUAUUUAUGGGAAAAUUGUCGAGUGAUUUAUAUCCAAUGGCUUGUUUCAGUGUGGCAAAAUGUUGAGUAUGUUUAUCGGUUUUACAAGUUUAUGCCCAGGAAAGACGGGUGUCCUGAUGUUUAACUGCUUCUCCUCUGCCUCGGCUACAGUCAGUGCUUUCAGAGACACGGAGGUUAUUAGCUGGGGGUUUCUACUGUGUGAGUUAAGUUGCUUCUCUUUCAUUCCAUUCAUGGCAUGUUUAAAGCAAUAGAAAAACACUUUGAACUACAGUUGGUUUCCAGAUUCAGGCGUUUUUUACAGCAAGUACUGUUUGCACAUGAAACGGUGUCAAGGAUCAGGGUCUGAGUAAGGACCCCUCAUCGACCUGGAGCCCUAAAAUGUCAUUAGAGUGCUUACUCAGUUGAUAUGAACAUUCUGAGGACAAGUUACUGAGCUGCUUUGAUUAUUUAGUUUCUGAUUGUGGCUCCAUUUGUGACCUCAUUACAUCCAAUAUUAAUUGAUAAUUAAUUUUUCUUGCCAAUAAUCUUAUCGACUUUGUCUGCUCGUUUUAUCUAACUGUUGUAGUAGAUUAUGGGCUUGGUUUUUAAUGAUCAGCAUUCAUCUGAAGGAGAAUGACCCCAUUAAUUGGCACUAAACAUUGUAAUAAAUAGUUAUUUAAUUCACUUGACACAUCUGUUUGCCUGUUGGGCUUGAAAACAUUUGCAUAUUGGCAGAUUUGGCAAACAACAACUUCAAUGUACAAAUAAAAUGCAGCAUGCACAUAUUGUGUCACUAGAUGCUCAUUGAGUUAUGGACAUUUGAAUAUUUGACAAUUUGAGACAAACGUGGUGAUGCUAAGUCUCUGCAUCAAGCCUAAAUUGUCAGCUGAAUCUAAAAUGAGGAAAAUGCCUUUGAGAUGUUGAUGGAAAUUUUUUAUUCUGUCGGUUUUCCUACAGAUCAAUGGAAAUCAUUCUCAUAGUUAUUGCCUUAAAAUCUUAAAAUUUUGAGAAGCUGUGUGUCAAGUAAAAAUUCUCAGAUGUGAUGUUAUCAUUUCGACAUGCUCUGUUUUAUGUAGUUUAUUUAGUCUUUUUAGUAUUGUUGAUUCACGUAAACUGAAAUCACCAUAGCCUCAUGUUUUUUACUGUCUUGUUACUUUUUUAUCUCUAUGUAAAGAGGAAAGUUGGAAAGCGAAAGGGGAACGCUACCCGACAAAGGUCUGGCUGGCUUUGGAGCAACCAAAUUACUCAGCUGUCCAGUUUCUCCACAGCUUCAGAACUUGCAAUGAUGUGGAGUGUAUCGUUAGGGAAAUGUCCAAAUGUCAAUGUUCUAUUCCAAUAAUGGGCUCAUCAAAUAUUAAAUAAUAUGAAAUUAUCCUGGAACCAUUGGUUUAAGAAGUGCUGAAGUCACAAAGUCACAAAAGAGAAUCUAAAUCGACUAAAUGUUGGCCUUGCUCAGAGCUAAAUACAAAGCUGCAUUGGUGUUGGUAUUUGUGUGAUAUGAGCACACCAGCUGCUGUUUUUAUGUUUUUUUUUAUUAUUUUUUUUUUUUUUACACAUUCUUGUCUGCACUGCAGCGUUACUCCAGGAGCUGAUGCUGAAGUCAGAGAAACCCUCACCGUUUACAUCCUCUGAGAGAUGGAAGGGAUUUGGUGUUUUUUUGGCACUUCUUGUUGUAAAUCCUUCAGUGCGUGGCAUGCACACCAUAAUAACCUGCACAACACCUGAACUUGUUUUCUAUGUCAUAUAAUGUCCACACAGCUGGCACUUCUGUCACAUUACCUCUCAUCUCCCUGCAUAUUCUGUCUUACUCAGUGAUCCUGCAGUGAAAUAUAUAUUGGCGUCCUGUCAUCUUUGGUGUACCUGGUUACUCCCAUGUUUCUAGAUGCAGGAGGAGACACCUGCUGGUCACCUUAUUAAGAGCCUGAUGUUCACUGGCAGCUGAGUGAUUCUGCCUUAUUACCAAAUGUCAAGAUAAACAUUAGGUUUUCUGUGUGCCUAAAAGCAGCUUCCUGAUCAUUUUCACUCUAACCUGCAGUUUUUAAUAUGUAACUUUUUUAUUAUUUGAAGAAUCUAAGCACAUGUAUGUGCAUUUAGUAUUUUGUUGUUCCAGACAUCCAGUUACAGUAAAAAAAAAAUAAAACAACAUCAUGGUUUUCUGCCCUGAAAUGCAUUCAUGUCAUUUUAAUCAACAUAUGGCUCUUAAGAAGGUGG